AUGGGGUUAAAGUUGAAUCCACUUUCUCGAUUUUUAUUGGAUCAUUUCAUGAUCGAAGCUAAAUUAGAAAGACGCAACAUGUUUGGUUUAGGGAUUUCGUCGUUGCACUUUGAAAUUGUGGAUUUGGGGGUCCAAUUAGGGAUUUCGUCCUCGCUCUUUGAACUUGUGGAUUUGGGGCUCGCAUUAGGGAUUCUGGCAUCCAAUUUCGUCGCUCAUCUUUGCUCAAUCGCUGCGGAGGGAAAAGCGAUCAUCGUGAAGGUUUUUUUGUGUGUUUUUUUGUGUUUCCAAUGUCUGAUGAAAGGUUUGAGGUUGUGGUCCACCACCGUGGUGAAUUUGCUAAAAAUGAGUGGUGUAAGUAUGUUGGUGGAGAAACUACUCAUUGGUCAUGCGAUCCUGACCACUGGAGUUAUUUCGAAAUAUUGGGGUCUCUUAAGGAAAUGGGGUAUCAUAGCGUAAAGGG